AAGCUACAAGCUUGCAUUGCAGGCAGUAGUAUUUAAACUAGGGUAAUAGAACUAUAGAGAGAGGUUGGGAGUUGUUUAUAUUGACGUGUUAGGACAGUUUAAUUAAAGCAGUGAUUGUCCUGGCCCGGCUCUCCAGCCUUGCCAAGAAUAUUUGUGAAACAGCACUAAAACGUGAGCGCAAGAAAACUGAGGUUUUAACAUAAUAUUCAACUUAUUGUAUAACUCAAGUUUCUGUUUCUUAAAUGGAAGGAUUCAUCAUACAACCUCUCCGACACUUCCUACUCAGAUUAAACCAGUUGAAUUAAAAAGUAAAGAAACCAAGAUGAUUGAUAAACUAACUGUUUUCUCUGCAGCUGGAUUUCUUAUAGUUUUGACACAGAUAAUGUGUGAGGUUGCUAAGCAGAUAAUCAACUACUCUAUGCAGUACUAUAAUGAGGGGAAGUAUCCUAUACCUCAAACUAUUAUUGUUGUUCUUGGAGAAAUUAUUAAACUAGGAAUCACACUUGGAAGGUCUGGCUUUACUCCUCCUUCCUUCCGUCCUGACAACUUGAAGCAGUCCUUGAAGUUCCUCCUCCCCUCCGUCAUGUACGCCAUCAACAACAACAUUUACUUCGCCGGGCUGAUGUUGGUUCCUCCGCCAAUUUGGAUUAUUCUUACUUCAUUCAGAACAGUUGUAACAGCUUCGCUGUACAAGUUUGCGCUUCAACGAGAUAUUACAAAAAUGCAGUUUUGUGGAGCAACAGCUAUUGUUCUAAGCAUUGUUGUUGCUAAAUUAGGUGAUAUACUUGGUAGCUCUACGGGCCCUGGAAUCCCUCCAAUUGCUUUCCUGUUAGCAGCAAUCGCAUCUUUAAAUUCGGUGGGAGCAGCUCUAUACACGGAAUCACUUUUUAAGAAAGAAGGAGAAAACUUCUUGGAUCAACAAUUCUGGUUGUACUUCUACGGGAUGAUUGUUGGAUGUGUUGUGCAUAUGGUUACAUUUACUACCAACAGUCUGAAUAUUACAGGAGAUAUUUUCCAGUCUUCAGAAUUCGUCCAGGCGUUGCUAGUCGGUUCCUUAUUGUUUGGUGGAGUUGGUGGAUUAAUUGUUGCAGCUAUAUUGAAGAGGUUGGAUAAUGUUGUGAAGGAGUAUUGUGGAGCUACAGCUAACAUGUUUACAGCACUAGCCUGCAGUUUUCUUUUCCCUGAACGAUUUCAGUUUACCAUCUUUAUAAUGAUGGCAAUGGUUUUACUGUUUUCUGGAAUCUAUCUCUACGAAGCGUUCAAAACUAAACCUCCCACUAAUAACAGCAGAUAUGCAAAUACCAGCAAGUCCCCUGAAGCAUCUGAGGCAUGUGAACCCCUAAUUUCGAAGGCUUGAUAACAACAAAGACAGACUUCAAAAAACACAGUUCUAGAUUUGUAUGUAAAUGACGUCACAGCAUUUUUGGUGUAUUUGUUUUAUAUCUAGUAAAAAUGGGGCGAGGGGGUGGGGGUACA